GGGAGUUGCAUCUGUAAGCAGGCACGUUUUUGAUCAAGCAUGGCAGCAACAAGCAAGAGAAAAUUAGAGGACCUUAGUGUUGACGAGUUCCUAGUUUCUGGUUUUGAUUCCGGCGAUGAGGAGCACUCUGAAGAAGAGAUUUCUUUUAAGCAAAAUGGGAAAAGUAAAACAUCUGAAGCUCAAGAGAAGGCUGUCAAAAAGAAGGGUAAAGCUUCAGAACACAAAGACCAACUGUCCAGACUCAAGUCCAAAGAUCCUGAAUUCUACAAGUUCUUAGAGGAGAAUGACCAGAAACUACUUAAUUUUGAAGACUCUGACACUUCAGAGGAUGAGGACGAACAAAAAUACCACACACUCCCCUCUCAGUUGGAGGAGGCCAGCUCAGAUGAUGAUGAUGAAAAUAAGGAUUCAAAAAAGAAGUCAAAGAGUACAUCGAUCAAAGUCACUGAAAAAAUGAUUGAGGGAUGGAGAGCAGAACUCAAGAACGAGCCCACUCCACGUUUGUUCCGACAAAUCACGCAGGCCUUCAAGGCUGCCGUGGCAACCACCAAAGGAGAGUCUGCAGACGAAUGUCGCUACUCAGUUCCUGACAGUGCAGUAUUCAAUGCUCUGAUUCUAUUUUGCAUCAGAGAUGUACAGCCAGCCCUUCAUAGGAUCCUGAAUCUGAAGGCUCUAGAGAAAGACCAAAAGAAAUUGAUAUUACCAUCAUCCAGCUCUAGGUGGCAGAGAAAUCAGCUGGACAUUAAGAUGUACCUGAGUGGUCUUGUUCAGCUCCUGUCAAGUUUAACACAGUCAACAGUUGUUGCAGCAGUUUUGCGCCAUGCCAAUCAGAUGGUACCGUUUUUCCUGUGUUUACCCAAACAGUGUCGACAGCUACUGAAGCAUCUAAUAAAACAGUGGAGCACAGGAGAAGAGACAGUUCGAGUAUUGGCUUUCCUUGCUCUAAACAAGAUCUGCCGUAACAAACAGGAUGUCUACCUAAACCAGAUUCUUAAGAGCAUGUACAUCGCAUACGUGAGGAACUGUAAGUUCACUUCACCCAACGCCCUGACCAUGAUUAGCUUCAUGCAGCGAACACUGACAGAGAUGUACUCACUGGACACACAGGUGUCCUAUCAGCAUGGCUUCAUGUACAUCCGCCAGCUGGCCAUUCACCUCAGGAAUGCCAUGAGCAUGAAAAAGAAGGAAACAUACCAGGCAGUGUAUAAUUGGCAGUAUGUACACUGUCUCUACCUCUGGUGCAGGGUGUUGAGCACUCUUCACCCCAGUGUGGUCCUAGAGCCCCUCAUCUACCCCCUGUGCCAGGUCAUCAUCGGCUGCAUCAAGUUAGUACCUAUCUCACGGUACUACCCAUUGCGGUUUCACUGUGUCAGAGCCCUCACCUUGCUCUCCGCCAGCACAAAGACCUUUGUGCCUGUUUUGCCGUUCCUCCUGGAGGUCCUGCAGCAGGAGGAUUUCAAUAAGAAACCUGGUCGCAUGAGUGCCAAACCCUUCAACUUUGCUGUGAUCCUGAAACUGAGCAAGACCAACCUGCAGGAGAAAGCUUACAAGGACGGCCUUAUCGAACAGAUCUAUGACCUUAUGCUAGAGUAUUUCCACACCCAGGCCUGUACCAUCGGCUUCCCUGAACUGGCUCUACCCACCAUCAUCCAGCUGAAAGCUUUCCUGAAGGAAUGCAAAGUGGCCAAUUACAGCAAGCAGAUCCGGCAGUUGUUGGAGAAGGUACAGGAGAACUGCAACCACAUCACAAACCGGAGACAGAGGGCUGCCUUUGGCGUGGCUGACGCCACGGCUGUGGUGGCAUGGGAGAAGCAGACCGCAGAGGAAGGUACUCCUCUAACUAAAUACUACAGCCAAUGGAAGAAGCUUCGUGAGAAGGAGAUACAGCUGGAGAUUUCUGGAAAGGAGAGGAUGGAAGACUUGAACCUCCCUGAAAUCAAACGGAGGAAGCCUCAAGAAAAGAUGGAGGACAAGAAAGAAUUCAAGGGUCUUUUUGAAUCAGACAGUGACUCUGAUGAUGGUGAUCUAAUGCGCAAAGUUACAGAAAAAGAUGGAGAUGAGAACUCAGACGAUGAUGACGAGGGACUAGAGGACCUCUCUGACCUGAGUGGAGAUGAAGAUGAUGAUGACGACCUUGAGGGAGAAGCUGAUUCAGAUGGCAGUGAGGGGGACGAGGAACGGAAGAAAACAUCUCAUUCGAAAGGAAAAGCGCCCAAGAAACUGUCCAACGAGGACCUGAAGGAGAUUGUAGAGGGAGAUGAGGACAUGGUGGAGGAUUUGGAACUUUCUGAUGAGGACUAAUCUGCAUUGCAGCAGCGGAGAGGAACGAAUGAAUGAAUGAACGAAUGAAUGAACGAAUGAAUGAACGAAUGAAUGAACGAAUGAAUGAACGAAUGAAUGAAUGAAUGAAUGAAUGAAUGAGAGGAAAGGAACAGAUGCCUCUGCCACACCACCUGUGUGUCUGAAGCAGUUUUGGAGCUGAAUUAUUCUCAGUUCAGAAAGCAAACACCAGUUAUGGGAGUUUUUUUGUUGAUGGACAGUUUUGUUUCCUGCAGUUUAAGAAUCGUGAAUAUUUAGUAUA